GUAUGGUGUAAAAAUAGAAAUAACUCUUACUUGUAUCAUCGGCAUGGAAGACAACAGAAUGAAACUGAGUUCCGUGGAACUCUUCAAAUUGAUUUGUGAGGAGAUAGUUGGUUCGGAAAAAAUUGUUGAAUAUAGAAGACUCUUUUUCAAGGUUUUUGACAAUGUUUUCAAUACUCCUCCUUUUUCUGAAAUUCAUACACAAAUUUGCAGUGGUAGUAAAGCCGAGUGACUUUUCCUUAGCGGAAGUGAUCUAGAUGUUGUGCGUACAAUGGUGAAAUUCAUAGCGUACAAAUGUGGUACGACAGAGGCAAACAUCGAUACGAAGAAAGCCGUUCUAUUUAUAAAUUCUGAUUUAGCAUCACCAGGAUAUGCUUUUCUAUGGAUACAUGAUAAAAACCACCCAGAAUGGAGAGACGCUUGGAUAAAAAGAACUUAUGAUGGGCACCUUUUUUCAAGCAGAGGGUUUAAAGAAUGGAUCAAAGUCGAACAAAAAUCCAAAAUACUCGAGCGAUAUAACUCAUGCACAUGCACAAUGGAUGCUCAUGACCUAAAUGGACCAUGUAUAUCGAACACUCGACUUGACCAAGCAAUUAGCAUUGUCUGUAAUUCUUGGCCUGAAUCUGCCAUGCCAUGGGCUUCUCGUAAAAGACCCUACCGUAUCCUUACACAAGAUAUGAUAAAUAGCCAAAUCAAUAGAGGAGUACUGCUUGUGCCAAUGGGCAACAAAACGGAAUCAGUUGAUGCGAAUCCUGACGAAUGGAGAAUAUCAUUUGCAUUAACAGAAAAAGAUUUAAUACAUUCUUGGAACCAUGUACAAAUGGUUUGUUAUGCUUGCUUGAAGAUAGUUCUGAAGGAAUAUGUCAAACCAAAAUCUAGAGGAGAUGAUGUCUUGACAUCGUAUUUGAUUAAGACUACAUUAUUAUGGAUCUCAGAGGAAAUAAGACCAGAAUCAUGGACACCAGAGAAUCUAACUCUUUGUUUUCGCCAAUGCAUUAAUCGUCUAUCGUAUUAUUUCAAAUACAAGGUUUUCCCAAAUUACUUUAUUCCGGAUUGCAAUAUGAUAAAAUGCACUACUACUGAACAGUCGUUGACUAUCUUGUCUGCCAUGUUGAAUGAUAUCGGUGACAAUGCGAUUGCUUGCUUGCUACAGUGUGCAUCCUUAUCGGGUUUAGUUAAGCUCAAGUUGGACAGAUGUAUAUCGAAUGGUUUGACGUCGUUUGAUUUAGCAGUGCUGCCUUUGUUUUCGUCCUAUUUACCGGAAAUUUCAGCAAGUCCUUUGAUCUUGAUAAAAUGUAUAAAACAUAUAACGUCUUUGACUUCAGUAGAAAUGAAAAACCUGUAUCUGAUGACUUUAAUUCAAAGUGCGUAUGAGCGAGCCCGGUCAACGGUAUACAACAACCUUGCGUUCAAAAACAAGAUUAGCUACAUUGAUCAAAGGCGUCUUCAAGUUGAUGCUCUCUUGUCUACGAACUGUGAUGCAGUUACAGGGUGGAUAUACAUGGCUUUGCUAUUUUAUAUCAAUAGUCAAUAUGACAGGGCAUUGCUCGUUCUUGAAUUUCUCCGUUUGAAAUGUACCAGAAAUAAAAUAAUGGUGGGUUGGAGAUCAAAUCUACGAAUGGAUGAAUUACUGAGAAUUCGAGAACAGAACAAAAUGAUAUUUAGGGGCAAUUUCUUCCGAAAAUUGAGACAUUGCACAAUGAAGUCUUUCGUCCAGAUACAGUCACCACAAAGAGAGGUAAUGGGAUACCUUGAUCAUAGAGUGCUCUGGCUUUUUACAGUUCCAUCACAGAACUACAUUACAUGUCCACCAGAAACCCUAAUCCAUUAUUUGCGAUUUUUAUGUUUCAUUGGCAUCAGAGAUAAGCCCGGUUGUGAACAGAGUGUUCAUGCUUUGAAAGAUGCGGUUGAAAAUAAUCAAACCGACAAAGACCCGUAUUUUCGGUACAUAUCUUACAUAUAUUUAAGACGAGUGUAUGAGCUGAUGAAUGAUAGAGACAAUGCUAAACGAUGUCAUGCAAAAGUAGUGGAACUUUCAAAAUUUAUCCCUAGAGUUCCGUCCGAAGUUUAGAAACAAUCUUGUUCAAACGUUUAAUCUGACGGUUGUGGAUAACCUUAUUGUCCUGACUUAACACUGACUUAUAUUUGUGAUCUUUAAGAAAAUGUUGUUGUAAACAGCUUGUUUAUUCUUAUAAUAGUUAUAAAGGUUAUUUUUAAGAAGUUUUUUUUGUAUGCAAGGACUUUUUGUUAAGGUUGUUAGUAUGUCGGAUUCAUAUUUGUGAUGUCUGAUGAAAUGAGUUUACACACGUAUAAACCUUAUGAUUGACACGAUGAUAACCAACGAAAUACGACUUGACAAUAAAAUACAGCAUUAGAAUUAUUGCAUCAUGAUGCAUAAA